AUGCCCAAAUUACGAGAGUAUCUCAAAGAGACCUACGGUCCUCCGGUCGGAUUUCCACCACUAGUUCGGAAACACAAAGGCACAUCCGAACAGGCUCAGGCCAUGCCAGCAAACUCUCUGGCCUCCGUGGCAGAUGACACAACCGGCUCCUCGUCACCAGUUCCAGUCCACCCAGAAGAUCUCUGCUCGGACGCAGGAAGCAAAACGGAAGAAUUCAAAGAGGACGACACUGAACAAGAAGAUAACACAGAAUUGGAAGAUCACUACCUCGCCAGAGUCGCAUCCGACCAACGAGACGUCGGCACCGUCUUCGGCAAAGGAAUCCGAGUCUGGAAAUCCUACCAAGGCACCUUGUACACACACAUCCAAGGUGAGAUCGUAGACGGCGAAGUCGUGAUCCCGCGGAAGCGAACGCGGGAGCGGACACAGCGUACACGACGUCCACAGCGUUCCGCCGCCUCCUUUCUCGAACAGCACGAUAAACCCUCUGGCAACAUCCUAGUGCAGCAAAGCAUCCACGUCUCAGAGCAGCGUUCGCAUUCAUCUACCACUUCUAUCCUGGCCCCAGGCAGCUUCACCCUUCCCGCCAGACCCGCACCGCCACCAGCCCCCGUCACCGAACUCCGCGCCCGCAACCCCGCACAAGUCUCGACCAUCUUCCACCACGGGUCCGCAGCCAUAAAUCCUCUAGGAGCAUACAUCCACCCGGUGCCACACGUCCACAAAACACCUCAAGCUGCCCCAGUCACUCCGCCGCAAGAAAAGCCGAGACAAAUAGUCUCCGGCUCGUUUGGCACGUUUGACGGCGCGCCGGGCAGGUUCGACGAGCGGCCGUAUCUACUACUGCCUGGUGGGACUAUGGACGGGCGGGCGCAUGGAAAGAGGGAUGGGCGAGGGAUGGACGAGAGACCGGGGAUGGCGUUCAGGGCGAGGCCGUGGCUGAAGAGGUGAUGAAUUGAAGGGGGCCGUGGACGGGAGUUGAAGGGCUUAAAAAACGGGAUUGUGAUAA